UUGCAUCAGGUUUUUCCUCCCUUCUCUUUUCAGCCCCGUGAAAGUCGGACAGUAAAUACCCCGUGUUCCAGUCAGCUUCUUUCCAACAGCACGCAGAAAGACAAUGAAGACCGUAAUGUCAACAGUAUGGAGGAGAACUGUCAGGAUCGUGGUAACGAAGACGACGAUGAUGCCGAUGUUCGGGAUGACGAUGCGGCUUCCGAGCCGAUUGGUGAAGUGUGCUCAGUCACCACUACCCGACCGAACUGGACUGCGGAAGAUUUGAUCGACCCAACGGAUCAGUGGUCUGAAGCGUUCGAGCGGCUUCCACCACAACCACUGUCCAAUUCCAUUGCUUUCCAUACAUUCAAUUUGGCCAAACUGGUGAGAAAAUUGGCCGGUGGUCCACGAACUAGCGGAUCGGUAUUUAUGGCCGAGCCGGAUGCAAACGGGAUAGUACACAGGAAUUUGCAUCUGGUCGCAUUUCAAGUAAGCCUUAUUCGUCUAUUAUAUACUGUCAAUCAGUGGUUGUCGUUUGUGCGUUUUUGUGUUCCCCUGUCCCCAGUAGGUUUGCAAUUAUAUGUUGACUAA